GUCUGGGCGUCAGAGCCUGUGCUUGGAUACCAGGUUGCCAAAACAGCGUACAAACCGGACUAUUGGUCUUGUAAGAAUCAUGUGUAACAACGCCUACGACCAAUGAAGUACGUAUCUCUCCCUGUCAUAAAAGUCAGGGGUGCAACACUGAAAGGAAUGGAGGGACGCGGAUGGGAAUCGUGCACUGUUCCGCAAGCGUGUACAGAACAUGGUAUAUUAUCAUCAUAGACAGAGCUGGAGGUGCCUGCCAGGCGAUAUGGUCAAUUGCUUGAAUGCAUAGUCUGCCGGCAUCUAGACUUACGAUUCCUCCCGAAGAGGCAGGCGUUGUUCUUGCUGAUCCAUACGCUGGCUCAACGCGUACGGUUCCUGUGCGUUGCACUGGUAUGCGACUGCAACUCACAUUUCUGAUGGCCUCACAACUGUGGUCUGAGACGAGGGGCAGCAAGGCCCCCAGUGGAAUUUGCACGGAUACCAUGUCUUAUCUCGAGCCGUUGAAACUAGAUUGCCAAUUGUUCGCUGCAUUCGGUAGCAAUUUCCACAUUCAAGGCGGUUGCACAGUUCAACAAUCCAAGAACCCACACAGGGAGUUCCUGGCCCAAGCCUUUUACAAUGCUGGUAGCAGUGGCUGUGACCGAGCAGAUUCGACAGUGAAAAUUUCAACAAUAUAUAUACUUGCCUAUCCAUCAUAGUGGCU